CAAACAGAGCGCGAACUGGUCCGGCGUUGAUCAAUCUGCGCUGAGCUGGCACGACGCUCGUCCGCUGCUUCCGUGACGCGUCCGAUGGGGGCUGGUGGUAUACUUGAGGUAUCCCUGUACUUUCAGAGCUGCAGAAAGCCCAAGAGGAGGAGAGGGAGGCUGGCAUUGCUCCAACCACAGCCGCAGAGCCGUGACUACCUGAUUAGGUCCCGCUGUCCCGUCCCUCGUACCCAUCGACCGGUUUGGGUUCGGGAGUCACAGAUCCCGACGCGCAAAGUCAGACCGAAUCGUCACCGUUUCCAUCGCUCCUUGCCCAGGUCCAGCCAGAUCUGCAGAUCUCCGGGUCGCUCGCCUCCAUCUCAGCGUCCCCAAGCCCGCUCUCGGCCCGUGCUCGGCCCCUCCCCUUGUCCAGUCCCUCCCUAUCAACCACCUUCCCGCGUACGCCGUUUCCCAUGUCUCGAGCUUCUCUCCCGCGUUCCUCCCGCUGCCAGCGCCAGUGUUUCGGAAGGUGCUCAGCGGCGCGCGUAUAUUGCUCAGGCUCCCCCUAAACCGCCACCAACAUCGACAUUGAUGUCGGCUGCGCCCUUGGUCUCGCCAGAGUCUUGCGCCCGCACGCGCCCUCCGUCUCACGGCCACUGCUACGCGUACCACUCCCCGGUCUGCAGAUCUUUCUCUUCUUAUCGUCUAUCCGUCGUCCGAUUGCGAUAUCGCUGGUCGCAGGCUCGUCCGGCCGCGUAUUCAGGCUUUCGUCUUUCCUUGUCCCCAGGACCUCCGCCCGCCGUCCCGCUCACGAAAGCCCUCCCGCGUCAUCCUCUCACUUUGCGAGAGUUUGCGCUGUUCCUUGGUCUUCAUAUCCGCGACUCAAUUGCGCAAUAACAGACUCCACACCUUCGGUAGGGCCUGGGUAUAGACGGCUGUUGCUCCGUAUAGUCGAAUCCUGCUCCGUAUAGCUCGACAUCACUCACAAGACCUGCUCAG